AAAUAACACAGUAGAAAACCAUGCAAAAAAAAAAAAAAAAGAAAGAAAGAAAGAACUGAUAAGAAGCCCGAAGAGCCCAUAAGCAAAUAAGACUAUGCUCAACCUCAGCAGUAACUGGUAAAAUAAAAAUUACAACAAUUGUAAGAUACUGUUACAUACCCAUUGUGUCAGUUUCCUAGGACUGCGGUAACAAAUUACACAAACUUGGUGGCUUAGAAACCAGAUAUUCAUUCUCUCACAGUUCUGGAGGUCAGAAGUCUGAAAUCAGGUAUGACAGGACCACGCUCUCUCCAGCGCCUCUAGGGGAGGGUCCUGCCUUACCUCUUCCAACUUCUGGGGUCUCCGGGGGCUCCUUGGCUCGUGGCAAUCUCUGCCUCAUCUUCGCGUGGCCUCCUCCUCUUCUAUCUCAAAUCUCUUUCUCUGACGAGGACACUCAUCGUAGGAUUUAGGGCUCCGCUGGCUAAUCCGGAAUGAUCUUAUCUCGAGAUCCUUAAUUACAUCUGUAAAGAUCCUUUUCAGGGCGCCUGGGUGGCUCAGAUGGUUAAGCGUCUGCCUUCGGCUCAGGUCACGAUCCCAGGGUCCUGGGAUCGAGUCCCGCAUCGGGUUCCCUGCUAGGCGGGGAGCCUGCUUCUCUCUCUGCCGCUGCCUCUCUCUAUCUCUCUCUGACUCUCAUGAAUAAAUAAAUAAAUAAAUAAAAAGAAGGAAAUGGGAGGGACCCAUGUGUUGGAGGGGUGCAGGGGCAGCCCCGGCCCUCUGGGGUUACACGCGAGUCCUUGUAGAAGUGUCCGUGAGCCCAUAGAGGUACAGCCAGGGGCGCGGGGAGAAUGCCCAUGAAAGUGGAGAGCCCCGGCCCACGCUGCCCCCUCCCUGCAGGAUGGACCCCUUCGCGGACACCCUGCGGCGGCUGCGGGAGGCCUGCGGCUCAGGGCGGACGAGGCCCGCUGAGUUCCGGGCGGCGCAGCUCAAGGGCCUGGGCCGCUUCCUGCGGGACAACAAGCAGUUUCUGCAGGAGGCGCUGGUGCAGGACCUGCGCAAGUCAGUCUUUGAGGCAGAGCUAUCCGAGCUCGUCAUAUGCCAGAACGAGGUUGACCUGGCGCUCAAGAACCUACGCACUUGGAUGAAGGAUGAGCCCGUAGCCAAGAGCCUGUUCGCGCGCCUGGACUCGGCCUUCGUCUGGAAGGAGCCCUUGGGCCUGGUGCUCAUCAUCGCCCCCUGGAACUACCCUGUGCACUUGACCCUGGUGCCGCUAGUGGGUGCCCUCGCCCCAGGGAACUGCAUGGUGCUGAAGCCAUCAGAAUUAAGUAAGGGCACAGAGAAGGUCCUGGCUAAGGUCCUGCCUCAAUACUUGGACCAGAACUGCUUUGCCGUGGUGCUGGGAGGGCCCCCGGAAACUCGGCAGCUGCUGGAGCACAAGUUCGACUACAUCUUCUUCACUGGGAACCCCCAAGUGGGCAGGAUCGUCAUGGCUGCCGCCGCCAAGCACCUGACACCCGUCACGCUGGAGCUGGGGGGCAAGAGCCCCUGCUACGUGGACGACGACUGCGACCCCCAGACCGUGGCCAACCGCGUGGCCUGGUUCCGCUACUUCAACAGCGGCCAGACCUGCGUGGCCCCCGACUACGUCCUGUGCAGCCCGGACACGCAGGAGCGGCUGCUGCCCGCCCUGCAGAGGGCCAUCACCCGCUUCUACGGCGAGGACCCCCAGAGCUCCCCGAGCCUGGGCCGCAUCAUCAGCGAGAAGCACUUCCGGCGGCUCCGGGGCCUGCUGGGCUGUGGCCGCGUGGUCAUCGGCGGCCAGAGCGACGAGCGCGACCGCUACAUCGCCCCCACGGUGCUGGUGGACGUGCAGGAGACCGAGCCGGUGAUGCAGGAGGAGAUCUUCGGCCCCAUCCUGCCCAUCGUGAACGUGAGGAGCCUGGACGAGGCCAUCGACUUCAUCCACCGUCGGGAGAAGACCCUGGCCCUGCAUGCCUUCUCCAACAGCAAUUAGGUGAGGGUGCUCCGG